AAAAAUGUUUGAAACAGUUUUGUUACUAUGAAAGAAGUCUGAAAUUAAGCAUUUACGAUUUCAAAGUGUAAUAAUUAUUUAGUUAUCUGAAGUAGCUGUUGCUAAAGGUAUUGUUUGUUUUUAUUAUUGUAAAAUAUGGAUUCAACUUCGCCAUUCACACCGAAAAGAAGUAGGAUAAAGAGGAAAACUAGUGGAGAAAUUAAUUCUGUAUCUCGGACUUUGUUAUUUGAUGAUUCUCAUAGCCGCUCACCUUUUAACAAAAACCUAGAGUUUUCACCACUAAGUCAACAAGCCAUAUUACCUUGUGAGAAUGAAUUAAUAAAACCCGAACAGAUAACACCAAUUAAAAUGGAACAUUCUGAUUUUAAGAAAAAUAAUAAAAUAUUGGUAUCACCGAGUAUUAAAAAUCGUCCUAAUCGCUUUAAUAUAGAUGAAGAAACUAAAAUUUCUAUUAAAUCAUCUUCUAGAAAAAGAAAUAGUUCAAAUAAUUCUACUCCAUCUAAAAAAUUCAAAUCAAUUGGUAGUGAAAAUUGUAAGCCAAUAACAUAUUAUUUUCAACCUAUUCAGAAAAUAACAUUGCCACUAACAAACAAAAUUGAUGAUUAUUUUAAAUCUGCUACUGAACAAAGAUCAAAUGAAGAAAAAAUUAAGAUUAAUAUUGAAAGUACUGUAAAAUCUGAAUUUUUAACAAAUAACGUGGAUUUUUCUAAAGAAAAUCAUAUUAAAUCACCAACAACUGCUCUAAGCCCUCAUACUCAAAACAGAAAAAAAAAAAAUUCAAAAAUAACAGAUGUUAAGAGUCAACUUUCUAUAGAACAAGUUACUAAACAGUUACAUUUUCCUUCACAAGUCACUCCAACUAAAAAUGGAAAAAUAAAUCAUAUUAUGAAUACUCCUACGAAAAGUCCAAGAAUUAUUGAUUUAUUACAAAAUAAAGUUACAAUUACUGGUGGUGAUACGUAUAGUAGAUUUAUUAAAUAUAUUGUUCUAAAAGCAGAAAUUUUUUUUCUUUGUGAAGAUGGUAUAAUGACUAUUAUUGAUAGUUGUACUGAUGAUGAACUUAAAAUUUUUGGAAGACUGAUAGCUAGAAAACAUGGAUGGAUUCGUGCAGAUGAGCCUGAUGGCCUUAAAAAAUAUAAAGAAUUAAAUUUAUGUCAUGAUUUUGAUAGUGUCUUAAUGUCAUUAGCAACAAAACAAUUAAUAAAUACAGAUGUUUAUUCUUGUGAGCUUGACUGUCUACUAAAUAUUUUAAAAGCCCACGAACUUAAAAAAUUGCAAAAAACAUUCAAAAUUAACUCAGCUUCCAAUAAAAGUCAGACUAAACCUGAAAUGAUUAAAUCAUUUAUGAACCUUGUAAAUAAGCAAAGAACAAUCAGGGGAAAUUCGUCCACCAAUUUGAAAGAAUGCAUUAAAAAAAUUUUAGGAUAUUGCCUAAAAUUAUCAGAUUCAAUAAGAGAUGAUAUAAUGAGCUGCCUAAUAUAUGAAUCAUACCCAUAUUUUAACGGAGAUGAAAAAGAUAGAUUUCGUGAUUGUUUUACCAAAUUUUCUAUGGUUGAAAAAAAAGAACUCAAAUUUCCCACUUUCAAUGUGAAACGAGUUUCAAUUAAUUUCAAUUCAAAAGAUAGUUUAGAAAUGUACAAAAAUGCUUUAAAUCUUCGUCAAGAAGUACAGUUAUCUCUAGAAAAAAAAGACCAUGAAAAUGCCAUUAAAGUUUUAAAGGUUGUAUUUGAAAAAUUUAAGUCUGCUGUACAUGAUAAAUGCAUAAGGGAUUCAUUUUUAGAAUUACCUACCUAUUUACGAAAAUACUCUGCAGUAUCAGUAUAUGCCCAUGUUUUGUUUAAAAAUAUAUCUAUAUUAAAAAAAUCUACUGCUAAUAAAAAUUUAGCAAAAGAAGUAUUGGAAUAUUUAUUAAAACAUAAGGAAUUUUCAAUGUCUAAAAUACCUGAUUUACAUAUUGAAUUAGCAAAAGUGUUUGAAUCCCAAUUCAAACAAUUAAAUAAUGCUGCAACAGUUAUACUAGAUGGCCUAAAGGAUAAAACAAUUAGUGAAUUAGGUCAUCAAAUGUUGUCAAGUAGAGCAAUGAUUUAUGUGAAUCGUAAAAUCAGGAAAUUGGAUGAUAAUCUAAAAGAAGAGUUACUGACAUUUAUUUCAAAUACAAAAAAACAACUGCCUAAUACAACAAUAAAUGGCAAAAUUAUAUCUACUACAGAAAAAAAUUCAUCUGGUCGCAAACAAGUAUAUUCCAAGAAAAUUAAAAAUGGAGAUGUUCUUUAUAUGUCUGUUGAAGAUCUUGCUUUGUCACACUAUAAAAGUCAAGGAUUUUCAAAUGGAAUUCAUGAUGAGGGUCAACUUAUAAAAUCAAUGUUUUUAUUGUGUUUUUGGGAUAUUAUAUAUGAUAGUUACCCUUCAUACAUACUUUUCAUUAGCCAAUAUCAAGACUGUCCUUUGGAUUGGAGAUCACGUCACUUUUAUAAUAUCAGGGAACAAAGAAUCAAAGACCGAAUGGCGGAGUUAAAACUAAUGACUGUUAAUCAGAUUUGUGAUAUAUUGAAAACAGGUUGUGAUAAAUAUUAUGAGACUCAAUCAGUUAUUAAUUGGAAGUUUAUGAAUGAUGAGAAUUUACCAAUAUGUAAAAUAAUACUAGAAUGUGUAGGAAUAGAAGUGUUCCUAGCAAUCGGUAACCAAAUAUUAAAAGAUGGUCGAGUUUAUAUGUAUGGUAUGCCAGAUCUUAUUGUUUGGGAUGCUAUUAACCAUAGGUGUAUGUUUGUUGAAGUAAAAGGGCCAAAUGAUAAAUUAUCAGAGAGACAAACUUCUUGGUUAUUUAAAUUAAUGGAGUUUGGUGCAAAUGUGGAAGUUUGUCAUGUGGUUGGAAAUGGAGGCAAAAAGAAAGAUAAUUAUGAAAAUAUGGACUGAUUUCAUAGGUUUUUAUUAUAAUUUGAGUUGUUCACCAAGAAGAUUAAUUAAAAAUAUUAUUUUGUUAAAGCCUUAAAUAUAUUUAUUUUUAAAGUUUUCCAUGUACAGUAGAACCUUGAUUAUCUGGAGUAAUGAUUGGGAUGAGUCACACUGAUAAAUGAAAACCAUGGUUAAUCAAGACUUUAUUUAAGUUACAAAUUUGAAUUCAAUUUUUUUAUUUACAUUUUUUAUUAAAUUUUAUUCAAACUUU